AUGGCGCCGAAGAAUAGUCAGUCGGCGCAGCCCAAGUCGUCCCAAAAGGGAAUUCAGCAGACGAUUUCCAGCUUCUUCACAAAACCGUCGCAGGCACCAAAGCCUAGUCCCGCCCCUGCCCCCGCUGCUAAAGCACCCUCUCCAGCCGCAACGACACGGGAAGAAGAAAAUGACGACGAUUCAGAACAAGACAGCCUCCCCGUACGGCCAGCACCAUCAUUUCGAAAGCGCGCCAUUGAGGAGAAUGUGCAAGACGAAGAUUCCGGACGUUCAUCGCCGCCAAAGCGCGUGCGUGUCGCGAAGGGCGACGACUCUCCUCGACAGUCGCUUGGACAAACUUCUGCCACCAGCCUGAAUGCUGCAAAGCCGCCAAAGAUCACCGAAAGGACAUCCAAGUUCUUGUUCUCAUCAUCGCCAAUGGUCCGAGACGAGAACCAGCAGGAAGACGACGAAGACGCCGCGGCUUCACAAAAGCAGAGGGAGAGACUCCACGAGAAGUUUGUGAAGAAAUUGGGACGACCAGACAGCUUCGCAGAGCUCAGAAGAAGAAACAAGAUAAUAGCCGAGGACAAUGCCAAUGGCGAAGAAGCAGAAGGCGAGGAAGACGAGGAAGAAGAGCCUCCCGCAAAGCCUGCCAGAGGGAAGAAGGGCGCCGCGACAAAGAAGGCGAACAAAUUGACGCCUAUGGAGAUUCAGUACCUUGACAUCAAGCGCAAGCAUUUGGACACGGUUGUCAUCGUGGAGGUCGGAUACAAGUACAAGUUCUUUGGCGAGGAUGCAAGAACCGCGUCAAAAGAACUGGGGAUCGUAUGCAUACCCGGCAAGUUUAGAUACGACGAGCAUCCCUCCGAAGCCCACCUCGAUAGAUUCGCAUCCGCCAGCUUCCCCACACAUCGUCUACAAGUUCACGUCAAACGCCUCAUACAAGCCAAUCACAAGGUCGGAGUCGUGCGCCAAGUUGAGACGGCAGCACUCAAGGCUGCAGGGACCAACAGGAACACGCCUUUCGUGCGCAAGCUCACCAACCUGUAUACCAAGGGCACAUAUGUUGACGACAUAGAGGGUUUGGAGACGCCUACUGCUGGGUCAGGCGCUGGGGCACAGUCGACUGGAUACCUCCUCUGCAUCACCGAAAGUAAUGCAAAAGGAUGGGGUACAGACGAGAAGGUCCAAGUCGGUCUGAUAGCUGUUCAGCCGGCAACUGGCGACAUCAUUUACGAUGACUUUGAAGAUGGUUUCUUGCGCAGCGAGAUCGAGACACGCCUACUCCACAUUGCCCCAGCUGAGUUUUUGGUGGUCGGCGAUCUAUCCAAGGCAACCGAUAAGCUAAUACAACAUCUGUCCGCCAGUAAGACGAACGUCUUUGGAGACAGGUCCCGGGUGGAGAGAGUUGAGAAGCCGAAGACGAUGGCCGCACAAGCAUACAGCCACAUCUCAAACUUUUACGCUGGGAAAAUGAAGUCUAGUCAGGAGAACGAUAGUGACAAGCAGGGCGCCAUUCUGGACAAGGUACACCAGCUGUCGGAACAUGUGACGAUUUGCCUGUCAGCCAUGAUCACAUACCUCAGCGAGUACGGACUUGAGCACGUCUUUGAUCUCACAAAGUACUUUCAGCCUUUCAGCGCCCGGUCGUACAUGCUACUCAACGGCAACACACUAUCCAGUCUCGAAAUCUACCAGAAUCAGACCGACUUUACUUCCAAAGGCAGUCUAUUUUGGACCAUGAACCGGACCAAGACACGCUUUGGUCAGCGAUUGCUAAGGAAGUGGGUUGGUCGACCGUUGAUUGACAAGUCUAAGCUAGAAGAGCGCAUAGCAGCUGUCGAGGAACUGAAAGAAGGCGAGAACACCAUUCCUGUGGACAAGUUGAAGUUUAUGCUCGGUAAGAUCAAGACAGACCUUGAGAAGGUGCUCAUCCGCAUAUAUUACAAGAAGUGUACGCGGCCCGAGUUGCUAGCCGCGCUGCAAACACUGCAGGAGAUAUCAGGUGAAUACUUGUCGGUCAAGACUCCGGAGGAGAGCGGAUUUACUUCCACAUUGCUGAGCGAAUCUGUGUCGAAUGUGCCGAAAAUCUACGAUGAUCUCAACAGCUUUCUUGAAAAGAUCAAUGCGCGUGCUGCAAAGGACGAUGACAAAUACUCCUUCUUCCGAGAGGAGCACGAAGCGGAGGAUAUCAACGAUUUCAAGCUCAGCAUCGCUUCUGUGGAAGACGACCUCAACACGCACCGUAAAGACGCGGCUGCAAAGCUCGGAAAGAGCAAAGUGGAUUAUGUCACCGUUGCAGGCAUCGAAUAUCUGAUCGAAGUCAAGAGAAAGGCACCAGAGGAGAAGAAGGUGCCUGCAUCCUGGCAACAGAUUUCUGCCACCAAGACAACCCUCCGUUUUCAUACUCCUGAGGUCAAGCGCAUGCUCCAAGAGCGAGAUCAGUACAAAGAGUCGCUUGCAGCAGCAUGUGACAAAGCCUACAAGGAUCUCUUAGAAGACAUUUCAUCCAAGUACCAGCAACUUCGGGACUGUGUAUCUUCCUUGGCAACACUGGAUGCGCUUCUUUCCCUCGCUGCUCUGGCAAACCAGCCCGGAUACGUGAAGCCAACCUUCACCGAUGACAUCGAGCUCAACAUAACCGGUGGCCGUCACCCCAUGGUUGAACAGCUACUCCUCAACAACUACGUCCCAAACGACCUAUCAUUGUCUCACGACUCAACCCGGGCCUUGCUCAUAACAGGCCCCAACAUGGGCGGGAAAUCCUCCUACGUACGCUCCGCAGCUCUCAUCGCCAUCAUGGGGCAAAUAGGCUCCUACGUCCCCGCCACGAACGCACGGCUCGGCAUGCUAGAUGCAGUCUUCACCCGCAUGGGCGCAUUCGACAACAUGCUCAAAGGCGAAUCGACCUUCAUGGUCGAGCUCAACGAAACAUCUGAUAUCCUCAAAUCCGCUACCCCACGUUCCCUUAUCAUUCUCGACGAGCUCGGUCGCGGCACUUCUACUUUUGAUGGUGUCGCCAUUGCCGAAGCAGUCCUCGACUAUGUCAUUCGUGACUUGCAGUCUUUGACGCUGUUCAUCACACAUUACCAGCACCUUGCCAAGCUCACUACUCGCUUCCCCGCCGGGGAACUGAAGAAUGUGCACAUGCGAUUUGAAGAGCAGAAUGGCGGUAAGGAGGUUGUCUUCUUGUACGAAGCUACAGAGGGGAUUAGUCACAGGUCGUAUGGACUCAAUGUGGCGCGGCUGGCGAGGGUGCCUGAAAAGGUUAUUGAUGUGGCUGAAGUCAAAAGUGCGGACCUGGAGGAGAGUAUGGAGGUGUGCAAGUUGGGGAAUUUAUCGCGCAUGAUGAAAGGGUUACUGGCCGAUGGCUCUGAAGCAAGUCUUGAUAAGCUUGUAGAGGGCAUCGCGCAGUUGUGA